AUGAAUGAUUUCAACCCGGAGGAUGCGAAGGAAACCAUGGAAGAGAUUGGACGAAACAGACCGCGAGAGGGAAAAGAAGGAGAUUUAGAUGAUGAAAACGAGGACGAAAAUAGAGAAGAUAACGAGAAGAAGAUGAUAUACGUGUGGAAAAAAGGAAUGGAAUUAGAGGAGAGAAAAGUCGUGAGAGAAAAUCAAGAGAAAAUAGAUGCUUUGUAUCCGAAGAAGAAGAUGUCAUCGGAUGACGAUUCAGACGAUUCAAAGAGUCCUCGAAGAGAGGCGAGAGAGAUUCUGGGCGAUUUUGCCCGAACGCGCUUCGAGGAGGAGACAGAAAACGAGCAGAAAUACGCGGGAGUUCAAUCGAUGUUGAGUAAAGCGUUGCUCUUCGCCACUGUGUUUGCGUACGCGCUGGGUUUGGUGUUGACCACGCAUAGGGGCGUGGUGGAUUUGUCGUCGCCGGCGCCGAUCGAGUGCGAGCGAGGGGAGGUGGAGUGCGACGAGAAGAUGCUUCCGGAAAGGGUGGAGGUGUUCGUGCGUGAGGAGCGUUGA